AUGAUUCGUCUUACAUUGACACGUCUUUUUGCAACUAGUCGAGUAGUACUCAGUUCGUCAAAAACCAUUACUUAUCAUCAUCGAAAUCUUCUUCGAAAGUUCUCAUCGCAAUCCAAUGAUAAUAUUUCACAAUCUAAGAUUCCAUUAGCUAAUAUAAAUAAAGCAGUAGAAUCAAAACGAAUGGGAAUUCAAUUUACAUGUAAAGUAUGUAAUCAUAAAUUACACAAAACUUUUACUCGUCAAUCAUAUGAGCAAGGAGUUGUCAUUAUUCGAUGUGAUUCAUGUUCAAAUCUUCAUUUAAUUGCCGAUAAUUUAGGUUGGUUUAAAGAUUUAACACAAGAUGGAAAAUUCAAAAAUAUUGCUCAAAUGCUCCAAGCAAAAGGUGAAACAAUAUAUCGUGUAAGUGUGGCUCCAACUAAUAAUGAAUCAAUAUCAGAUGAAAAAGGAGUGACAGAGAAGUUACAAUUGAAUCAAGGUACAAUAGCUACUUCCUAA